CGGAACUACAAGGGCAGCUCCAGCCGCAACGAGGGCAAACCAAUAUUGGAAAUUGCAAAAAAUCUGGAGCUACUAACACGGAAGAAUGCCACAGGCACGCGCGCGAUUCAAAGAACAAAAAGAGCAGCAAGAACUACUGCAAACAGAGUACUGCUACGAACAAACACGGCUCGUCGACAACGAGGCACCUCAACUGUAGGAACAGCAGACACGACCGAUAUAAAAAUCAAGCAACUUGCAGUGUCAUCGGAAAGCUAGGCCGAUGCAUGCAGGACUGGCGCGGUCUGCUGGUCUGCUUUUACAUGGUCGUGAUGAUGCAUUUAAAAUCGAUGGUGGUACUGCACCGAGCGGUGGUCUCGGCGAGUGCUACGAGUGUACCACUUUCAUCCGCAACUGUAGUGCAGCACUCUUCUGGCUUGGAAAACGUGGCGUUUUUGCAGGGCCCGUCGUGGAGACUUGACGUGGAUUUGGUGGAGAACAAGGGCCGAAACUACGGAAUAAAGAACCACCCGCAGGAUGACCACCACCUCCAUGAUGGUGCUCAACAUAAUUCAGGAAUAAACAUAAAAGACGUGACCAGAGUGGAUGAGGAGAUGCUAAUCGACGCAAACUUGGAGACCACCCUAUUACAGUAAAAAAUACCUCCACCCCGAAAGUUGCAAUGAUUUGUGAUGCGAAGUUUCCAAAUGAAAAUUUUUUGUGUUGCAUGAAAGCACUAUGAAUCUUUCUGAUGAAGAGUCUGGUAGUAUACAGCGUUGCUAGUACUAUGACAAGCGCCACUCUUGCUGGGAUCUUUUGCAAUGCAAACUUUUGCUAUUCACGACUGGAGAUCUGUGAUGCUGAUACAUGCAAGAGGGCGAGCGUUUCCAUUGGAAAGGUUUGCAAUGCAAAUGUUCUUAAGUUCCGGGGUGGGGGCGUUUUUCAUUGUAAUACAUCUGGCGAAAGCUGACUUUCGAGCCCGAGCUGGUCAUCGGGCUGACCUCCGUUUUCCGGGUUUCCGGCGGUGGGGACUACCUUUUUUUGACCGUUUCGCGCAUCUUCACCGACGCCUUUAACCCGGCGAGAACGGUCUUAGUCGUCGCCCUAACGGACGUGGAAAACGUCUCGUGGGUGAUCGAGACCCGUAUGCUAAUGAAGAAAGCUAGCGUGGUAGAUUUGUAAUGCGAAAACUACAACUACAGGUCGUGCACAGAAUUGUCAUUGUCAUGCUAUCCGUUUGAGGACAUGCGAAUGGCAAAGAAUUUAUUCUAAACAGCUUUUUUUCUCUGUGAUAACCCGGCUCCGUCUGAUCCGCGCGUUUCCGCAGUACUACAAGAACGGGAAUUUGCACAUUGUCGUCCCUCCACGGGUAUCCAGUGCAAAAGUUCAAAUAUCGUACUAAGUAGUAGAAUCCCCAUGACAAAUUGUCUCAGCACGACGAAAUAUUAUGGGCAUUUGUCAUGCGGAUUUACUUUAAUAAAGGAGAUUUGUGAUGCGUACUUGCAAUAUAGUACGAAGUUGAUACUGUUUUGCAAUGCAUAGCGCCGGUUCUACCCGCACCCCUGGUUCUUCAUCAAGCACAAAUACAAGGACGACGACAAGCGGGCGAAGUGGCGGACAAUAUGCAUCGCAAAUAUGUCUGAGUCUGGAAAAAGUCAGACACUUGUCAUGCAGCUUCUGCAUCUUCACAGAGGUCUGUAAUGCACGCAGAGCAUGACAAAUUCUUGGGAGGCUUAUUCAUGCCGAGCCCGCAUGAGAAAUACCCUCUCCCGAAGACAUAAAGUGGGCAUCUCUUGCUGACCACGCAACACAGAUUUUUGCCUGUUCCAAAAUCCGCAUCACAAGUUUGCAUCCUUCCAGACCCAGACAUAUUUGCAUUUGAUAGACAAAGCAGAACUAUGACGUUUCGUUUCUGCUGCUUUACUGCAGUUACGCGCCCGAGUCCGCGAAGUGGUUUCUGAUGCUCGAAGACGACAUUGCGACCAAGCCGAAGUUUGACGAGAAGGUGUUGAAAUACCUGAGUAACCGGCGAACGGACUUUAUCCACGCGCAAUUCACCUAUUUAGGCUUGAUUGGGAAGCUGUACCCGAUGGAGACGAUCCUGCUUUUCUCGAAAUAUUUGUUCCAUUUCGCCGAGGAGCAGCCGGUCGAUUGGCUCAUCUGGAUUUUCUUCGAAAUGGUCACGCAGUACCCCGUGACGCCCCGGAUUGUGCAGGAGAGCUACGAGGAACUCAGAAGCGACUUUGCCACCGUGCAGUCCAUGCCACGACACACAAUGCUCGGCCAGAGAAUCGCGUUCGUGCCGAAGUGCAACGUCAACUACUCGGUGGUGCAAAAUUUACCCCACCUAACCGCGAAGGAAGUGGAUCUGCAGGGCAUGGAAAGCGGGUUCCAGUCCACGUAUGGGAGCGCGAUGAGUACUUUUAGGUUUAUCAUUUGGCCGCUUGGUGUUGACAUGAUAUACGUCCACGCAGAAUGAUUUUCACGACAAACAUCAACAUUGUUUUUGCAUAAAAUCCAAUAUGAUCAAUUCAAAACAAUCCUCCCCGCAGCUGACCUCUCCGUGAAAUUCCCCGAGGCUGCAAAAGCCGUCGACCCCUCUAUCCUCGACGACGCCCCCUAUCUCGAGCCGCGCUGCAUUCGUCACACGUACUCAAUCAAGUUUGAAGCGGGGUGCAACACGGGGAAAGAUGCGAAGUGCUCCCACUUGCGCUUCAAGCUCGGCGACGGGACCGGGCCAAAUCAGGCACGGGAAAGUGUGACGGGGAUCACGACGAUUUUUUCCAAUCCCCCGAAUGUCCACGUGAAAAUCUACGGAACGGUCAACCCCAACGACUGCAACAAUUCCGGGGCGGGCACCGGGAGCCUGCCGAAGCAACUGCUGUUAUCAAUUGCAAAUAUGUCCUCUGGGUCUGGGAGAUUGCGAUAUUUUUCAUGCUAGUCUGGGAUGACUCUGAAAUCUGUAUUGCGUGGCCGCGAAGAGCCCCUCUCGCCUGUCAUGCAAAAAUGCAGCUUCUCAUGCGGAGUACGCAACUCAGAAGCACGGAAAAACUUGCCUUGCUGUGCAGCGCAUCAUAGAUUGCUCACUCUUCCCUUCUUUGCAUCACAAGUUUCCAGACCCAGACAUAUUUGCAUUUGAUAGCUGUUUCAGCAUCACAAAAACUGGAAAGCGCGGAGCUGGACCGGGUACGUGGAGUUGAACUGUUUGGUGCUAGUCUGGACGGUAUGCAUUGCAAAUAUGCCUGGGUCAGGAGGGAAGCAACUUGUGAUGCUGGAUGUGGAUUCUACAAUAAAUUUGUACUGCAUGAUGUUGAACAGCAUCAAAAGAGGUGUCCAGUUUUUGCCGUGGCGAGAGGGCAUGAUUUCUGAUGCGGUAUAGGCAUCAGGCAGCCCUCAUAAAAUCUGUGAUGCUAGAGCAUGCGUCACAGAUCGAUCAGGAGUCAUGCAAAAUGUGCAUGAGAAACCUUGCAUCCUUCCAGACCUAGACAUAUGUGCACUUGAUAGACGGGCUUACAAUCAGCGCCGUUCAAACUGAAGGUGAUGCUGUAUCGGUCCAAGCACGUGCCGGCGUAUUCUGGGAACAGUCCCCAAGUGUCGUAUUGAAAGGAAAAAUCCCCCCUCCCCAUAACGAAAUUUCUGAUGCUGGAUUUGUGUACACAAAUUCGAGCUGUCUUGCUGGAAAGCACUACAGGCCCAUACUAAGUGCGAGCAGAGGGGUUUCGGCCUAAGCGCGUAGCAUGAAAAACGUCCGCGCUGUAGGCCCAGCAGCAUGACAAAUUGCCUGCAAAAUGCGGCGGAGCCUUCGGGGUUGCCUUCUUGCAAGACAGACGUGAUUUGUGGCCACAAAUCAGCAUCACAAGAAAUUAGCUCCAUCAAAAAUAUACAUUUUCAGUAUGGGGAGGGGGGAUUUUUCCUUUUGAUAUGUCGCAGAAGGUGAACUACGAGCUGCACAAACUGAAGGAAACCGGGUUGGUUGCCGCCUACCCGUAUCAAGUGCAAAAAUGUCUGGGUCUGGAAGAAUGCCAGACUUGUCAUGCAGAUUUUAUAUGACUCAUGAGGUCUGGUAUGUAGGACAGAGCAUGACAGAUUCUGUGAGAGUUCUGUCAUGCCUAUCCUGCAUGAGAAACUGCCUCUCGAUUAGGUCAAAAGUGGACAGCUUUUGGUAAUCAUGCAACACAGAUUUUUGCAUGCUUCAGAUUUAGCAUGACAAGUUGCAUUCUUCCAGACCCAGACAUUUUUACAUUUGAUAACCCGGAAAAGCGCGUGCUGUACAGCACGACACAGGCGCGGCAGUUUUUCCGGGCGCAGAAUCAGUACUACUUAAACCAAAUGCUGGCGGGGAGUGGGGGGAAAAUGCCAGUGGUGUAUGGAG